GUAGACAUGAUCAAAGAAAAAACUUGUCAACUCCAAAGACAAUUAUUUUUUGGUCCACAAUGCACAAUGUUGCAAAGGUGUUUGUAGGCCGAGUUACAGGAUCCUUCUUAUGUGCUGAGAAGCCAAAAAUCCCAGAGAACAGGUUGGUAGGAAUUUACCAUUCCAUGACUCUCCCUAAAUACAGAACUAGGGUUUCAUAUUCAUUGAAAGAUACUGUGGGUCAAGUCCGCAUUGUGGUUGCAACCUCUGAUCUCAGUAUGGGAGUAAAUUUUCCAGAUGUAGGAGAUGUCAUUCAUACUGGUCCAGCAAGAAGUGUUAUUGACCAUAAUACAAUGAGCAGGACCAGCUGGAAGAGAUGGAUCUUAAAUCUUCACUAUCCAGCUGAUAUUUAACAAUGCCUACAAGCCAGGCAUCUGGGAAUACUACUGGUGAUCUUUCCAGUCUGUUUCCUGUCUGUGUGCAAGGCUUCUACGCCUUUGGUGUACCACAGGCCUCUUGCCUCAGGCCAUUGCUUUUCACGUUUUAUGCAAGCAAAUUGUUUGAUGUUAUCAAGGUGCACCUUCCCACCGUUCACUGCUACGCUGACGACACGCAGUUGUAUGUGUCUAUCAGUCCAAACAACAGCACCGGGCAAUUUGAGGCUGUCACUGCUAUUCAGCACUGUAUGUGUGGAUGAUCAAAUGAUAUAAUCAAAGAAAAGGUGUUCUUAAACGAAACGCCUUGUUUCAAGUUCUUUCUCAGCAUUGCAAUAAAAAAUGGAUACGUUUGAUACUUGGUCUAUCAAUUAGAGUAUCUUUCAGUUCCAGACACAGACUUUAAGCAGUCUAGAAGUUUCCACAGAUUUUAUG